AUGACUGAUGCUGCUACGGACAUUCCCCCGUUAGAAGAACCCCCUGUUCACAUUCCUGACAUCAGCAAGGUUCAACGGCUUUCCUGGAAGCCUAGGGCGUUCCUGUUCCCCCAGUUCUUAUCCGAGGCGGAGUGUGACUACAUUGUCAACUAUUCACGUCCACGGAUGGAACGGUCUACAGUGCUAAGCAACAGCGGGCAAAGCGUGCAGGAUAGCAUACGCACCAGCGAUGGCUCCUUCAUUGUUAAGUACGAGAAUGCAGUCAUUCAACGCAUUGAAGAGCGUGUGGCUGCUUGGACCUUUCUCCCCAUUGAGAACCAGGAGGCGAUGCAAGUGCUGAGGUACAGGGACGGGCAGGAGUACGGGGCUCACUGGGACUACAUCGACCCCGCCAAAGCACCCACCCCGGGGGGCCCUCGAUACGCCACAGUGCUCAUGUACCUCUCGAAUGUGGAGAUGGGCGGCGAGACUGCCUUCCCUGAGUCUGAGGAGGACACUGUAGUGAAGGAUGACUCGUGGAGUGACUGUGGGAAGAAGGGCAUUGCUGUCCCGUCAACCCCCCACCUCAACUCUUCCCCCUGUCUCCAGCCAAGCCAAGAAAAGGCGAUGCGCUGCUCUUCUUCUCGCUCCAUCCAGACACUUCUUUUGAUCGCGCCUCCCUCCACGCGGGCUGCCCCGUGCUGGCCGGGGAGAAGUGGUCCGCCACCAAGUGGAUCCACGUGGGGGGCUCUCAACCUAGGGGCGAGGGGCAAUAUGCGAGCCAUUUCUCCCCCCUCCCUCUUCCCCGCUCCCUCUUCCCCCUCCUCACUCCCCCUCUCCCACUCCCCCCUCCCUGUCCCAGCCAAGCCUAGGAAAGGCGAUGCCUUGCUCUUCUUCUCACUGCACCCCGACACUUCUUUUGAUCGCGCCUCCCUCCACGCGGGCUGCCCCGUGCUGGCCGGGGAGAAGUGGUCCGCCACCAAGUGGAUCCACCCUAGGAAGGGCGAUGCCUUGCUCUUCUUCUCCCUCCACCCGGACACCUCCUUCGACCUCUCAUCUCUCCACGCGGGCUGCCCCGUGCUGGCCGGGGAGAAGUGGUCCGCCACCAAGUGGAUCCACGUGGGGGCCUUCGACCUGCCGCCCCGCGACCCGUCUGUGUGUGCGGAUGACAACGAGAAUUGCGAGCACUGGGCGAGCAUUGGCGAGUGCGAGCGGAACAAGGCGUACAUGGUGGGAGCGGGGGGUGUGGGGCAGCAGAGCCUGGGUCAGGCCACUGGUCUCUGCCCCCCUCCCUCUCGCCCUCACCGCCCUCUCCUGCUUGCUGCUGCAUCAUCAUUCCAUACCCGCCCCCCUCCUGGUAAGCCUCAUUCACGUGCUGAGCUGGCACUGUGUCAGCAAGCUGAGCUGGCAUCAUGUCAGCAGGCUGACCUGGCAUGGUGUCAGCACGCUGACCUGGCAUCCCCCAUAGCAUCGUUCCCUCUACCAGGUUAG